GCUCACCCAAACAAACUGUUGCGGAGCUGUCCCGUAGAGCUGUGCCCUUUUAUUUAGCGACAAACUUCUUUGCCAAUUUUCUAGCCUUUGAUUCACUUUUUAACCACCCAGAUGAAAUGAGAAUAUGAACUUCUCAGAGGUUUUCAAACAAUCCAACCAACUAUGCAAAGUGUCUCCAGAUGAGAAAUAUUUGGCGACGUGUGUGCAGUACAGGGUGGUGGUGCGUGAUGCGGCCACGUUGCAGAUCCUUCAUCUGUACACCUGUCUGGACCAGAUCUCUCACAUGGAGUGGUCCUCAGACUCACAGUUUGUCCUCUGUGCCAUGUACAAGAGAGGCCUGGUGCAGGUGUGGUCUCUUGAGCAGCCCAACUGGCACUGUAAGAUCGACGAGGGCUCUAUCGGACUGGUCUCCUCGUGCUGGAGCCCUGACGCUCGUCACAUUCUCAACACCACCGAGUUCAACCUCAGAAUAACUGUGUGGUCACUGUGUACGAAAGCUGUGUCUUAUAUCAAAUAUCCCAAAGCCUGUCAAAAAGGCCUAGACUUCAGCAGAGAUGGCUCCUACAUGGCCCUGGCUGAACGGCGAGAUUGCAAAGACUAUAUCAGUAUCUUUGUGUGUGAUGACUGGCAUUUACUAAAGCAUUUUGAGACAGAAACUCAGGACUUGGCUGGAGUUGAGUGGUCUUCCAAUGGCUGUGUCCUGGCAGUGUGGGAGAGCUGUCUAGAGUAUAAGAUGUUGCUUUACUCUCUGGAUGGGCGUCUUCUGUCGACCUACAGUGCAUACGAGUGGUCUCUAGGGAUCAAGUCUGUGUCCUGGAGCCCCAGCAGCCAAUUCCUGGCCAUCGGCAGCUAUGAUGAGAAAGUACGAAUCCUCAAUCACAUUACUUGGAAGAAAAUUGCACAAUUCGAGCACCCUUCAACAAUUAACAACACCAAAGCUGUUGUUUAUAAGGAAGUGGAGAGACGACCGGCUGUGAGUGAAGACCUGUCCAUCCCCAAUAUCUGCAUGAGCUCCACUCUCUUCAGCACGCAGAGCAAAUAUGAGACAUCUCCUGUGCCCAUACAUCUCCCUGUGGUUAAACCAGACCCAGAGCGCGCCAACCCCAAGAUCGGCAUCUCCAGUCUGGCAUUCAGCUCUGACAGCCGCUACUUGGCUACUAAAAAUGACAGUAUGCCCAGUGUGGUGUGGGUGUGGGACAUGCAGCAGAUGAGCUCUGCAGCGGUUCUGGAGCAGACAGCCCCUGUGCGCUGUUUCCAAUGGGACCCUCGACAACCACGUCUCGCUCUGUGCACCGGCAACGCCAAACUCUUCCUGUGGUCCCCAGCUGGCUGUGUGGCUGUGCAAGUGCCAGCAGAAGGUGGUUUCCAGGUACAGUCCCUGAAUUGGUAUAGCAGUGGAGACUCUCUCAUCCUCCUCGGGAAGGACCAGCUCUGCCUGUGCUACAUGGAGACCCAACAGGACCAGCAGUAGAACACAUGUAUAUGGACACAAUGUAGAAUGUAUAUAAGUAAUGACACUGUACUGUUAUCUGUUAGAUACAACUUAAAACAACUUUGAAACAUUCCACUUAAAAGUCAAUGUUCAAUUGAUACAUUGUGACAGUAUAGUUUUAUAGUUUCUAUUGCACUUAGUUUUGUAUUUAUUUAUAUGAAUUGAUUGAAUAAAAUGCAUUGGUUUGUUAU